AUGGGGAAUGGCCGGAGCCGGGCGGGGCAGAAACUGUGCUCACACUUCCUCCCGGAGGAGCAGGCUGAGAUCGAUAGACUGUUUGAGGCUCUGUCAUCGGAUAAAAGCAGCUCCAGUACCUCAUCUAGAUCUUUCUCUUUGAAGGCACUAAAGAGCCACAUUGGAGAAGCUCUUCCCCCAGAGAUGGUCACCAGGCUGUACAAUGGCAUGCGGAGGGUGGACCUGACGGGGAAGGCCAUGGGACCCAGCGAGAACGUGUCCCGGGAGCAGUUCACCGUGUCCAUGUCCUCCCUGUUGAAGGGAAACGCUGAGGAGAAGAGUCUCGUGGUUCUGAGGAUGAUUUCUGCCACAGGCGGUCCCGUGAAAGCCAGAGAAGUCCAAAAGUUUACAGAGGACCUGGUUGGCUCUGUGGUGCACGUGCUGAGCCACAGACAGGAGCUGAGAGGCUGGACGCAGAAGAAGGCCCCAGGGCCCGCCCCCAGGGUGCAGGAGCUCACCGCGCAGCUGCUCUCUGAGAUGAAGCUUCCAGGUGGCAAGAGGCCCCCGGGGCCUGAGUGGCUGGACUGCGCCUGUGACCGAGCCGUGAUGGAGGACUGGGUGUUCCGGGCCCCCCACGUGGCCAGGUUUCUGAGUGUGGUCGUCCACAAGGGCUUCCUGGUCCUGUGCUCGUCCCUGGAUCUGGCCACCCUGGUUCCCGAGCGUCAGGUGGACGCGGGCAGGAGCUUCGAGUGCAUCCUGGAUGUGCUGGCAGUCGUCUUUGUCAACGCGCACCUGCCCGAGGAGCGGCGGCACCGCUGGCGCCUGCUCUUCUCAUCCGAGCUCCACGGGCACAGCUUCUCGCAGCUCUGCGGGCGCAUCGCCCACCGGGGGCCCUGCGUGGCCGUCCUCCAGGACCACGACGGCCACGUGUUCGGGGGCUUUGCCUCCUGCUCCUGGGAAGUGAAGCCUCAGUUUCAAGGGGACAACAAGUGCUUCCUGUUCUCCGUCUCCCCCCACAUGGCUGUGCACACGCCCACGGGCUACAAUGACCACUACAUGUACCUGAACCAUGGACAGCAGACGAUCCCUAAUGGGCUGGGCAUGGGAGGGCAGCAUGACUACUUCGGGCUCUGGGUGGAUGUCGACUUCGGGAAAGGACACAGCAAAGCCAAGCCCACAUGCACCACGUACAACAGCCCACAGCUCUCUGCCAAGGAGAACUUCCGGUUUGAUAGGAUGGAGGUGUGGGCAGUCGGAGACGCCCCUGAGUUGCGGCCGGUCAAGAGCAACAAGAGCAUUCUUGACGUGGACCCUGAGGCCCAGAUCCUGCUGGAGGCCAGUGGGCGGACACGCCACAGUGAGGGACUCCGCGAAGCCCCGGGUGAUGACGAGUGAGGGGACCUGC